AUGUUCGCUCUUUUUCUCGCUACUGGGAUUUCAAUAGAAAUCAAGAAAAUCUCCACGAGAAAUCAAUUGGCGCUUGAUCAAUAUGGCUUUGAGCAGGGCGGAACCUUCUCAAUCCACAUCUACCUUAAGCCUGAAAUGAACUUCACCCUUUCGUUUAUGACACGCGAAAACUUCAAUUAUGCAAAGAAUAGAAAUAUGGACUUCUGCAAUCAAUCUGAUAUUAUCGGAAACUACACAGUUGAACGGAUUUCUGAUCAGAUUUCCUUUGUGAACUGGACUGGCCAAAUACAAGACGCUGGUGUAUAUCGCCCUGUAAUAACCGUAUGUUCUACAAAAGUUGAACCCUAUUCAGUAACAUAUAAGGCAGAUAACCCAAUUUCCCACUUAGAUUCAAGAUACACAAAGUCACCAUUUGUAUCAGAGCUAUUUGCCUUCUUAUUCCUUUUCUUUGCUGUUGUUGGAAUUCUCAACUGGGCCUUAAAUCCUCAAUUUUUGAUUCCAGUUUUGAUUUCUAACACAUUAACAUCCAUUUUCGCAUCAUUGCUGUUCACAUCAUACUAUUUAUAUUAUACACAUAUUCCUAUUUCGCAAGAAACUCCAUUAAGAAUCAGAUUAUCAUGUUCUAUCUUCAUUAGUUUAACAAUUAUGUGUUCUCUUGUUACAGGACACAUGACAGCUUGCGGAUUUUCCAUCAUUUCACUUGAUGUCCAUACAAAAACAGCUAUUAUUAACAUAAUUACAACUAUAAUCAUGGGAAUCUGUUUAUUCUUAAUGGACUUUGGUAUCAAUAUGAAUGUAACCCUUGUUGCAGGCUUCAUUGCUAUUUUUACCUUGGUUCAUAUCUUGUAUUCACUUAUGACAAAUCUUUCGAACUUGGUCGAACUUAAAUACGAAACAUCUGAUCAGACAUCAGUCCUUAAGAUCAGGUUAGCUUUCCGAGCAACUCUUACUUGGGUUUGCUCCCUUGUUUUGUGUUUAAUCGCUGCUCCUCAAGAAGUUGGUCAAAACCUUCUAUUCGGACUUGCUGCAUCUCUUGCUGCACAAAAUGGUGGCUUAUCUUUCUUGUUCUCUUUCUCCGGCGGAUAUAUAGUCGAAAAUGAGAUAAAGAACGAAAAUGAUUUGGUCUACAUCGAAGACCCAACUUCGGAAAAAUCAUUAAGCUUCAUUGCAGCUGAAUCAGCAUAA